CUCUACUGCUCAGUGCUCUAUGCCACUACUCUACUGCUCAGUGCUCUAUGCCACUACUCUACUGCUCAGUGCUCUAUGCCACUACACAAAUGCGGUGACAUGCAUUGCGUUAUUCUGAAGGGAUUGUUUUGGGUUCCUUUGCCACCAGAGCUCCCAAGGAGAAUGAAAAUACCCCUCUCAUGCUCACCUCCAGAUUUACACAUUUAAGCACUACCCAUUGAUUGUUGAAGAAUAUAACUUAUAAAUGCCUCAUGAACUUACUCAUACCCCAUACAACUGUCAUGCCCCAUCAGAACCCAAAAUAUAAGCUUGUUUUACUCCAUUGUUUGUAAUGUGGUUUUAACAGAGUUCGUUUACAAUUAUAAUUUUGAUCUCAUGGUUAGUCAGUACUAGCAUCCAUAACUCUGUCUAUGAAUUUGAGAGUGGAAACAUUUAUCCAGCCACAUCGCUCAGCUUUUUACCAAUACAGUGGCGGGGUAUCUGCUUUGUGAUCAUUUGAACGGCAGAUUUCCCCUUUAAGGAAACUAGUUAAAGGCUAUUUAAUUGCAGCAUUUCUGCUGUAGACAUAUUGGUGACUGGUUCCAUAACAUGCUCUUGCUCUCUAGCAAAACAUAAUUAGAAUGGCUGAUGAGUGGAUUGGUUGGUUAGCCCAGAUGUUAGGACUAACUGAAAAAAAGGUCAUCAGCACUUUCCAGUAAAGUGUGUGUGUGUGAAUGGAUCUGCUGCCAUGCAGUUUGUGGUUGGGCCUGGUUCAAGUGAUUCAUUCAUUAGCUUAUUCAUACUUUUCAACUAUAGACUGUGUUUGGGGGUCCAGCACUAUAGUCAACCUUUGUAACACAGCCUGCCUCUAUUAGUAAACCUCUGUCCUGAACAGUUUAGUUUCACUGAAUUCACCACCAGUAGGAUCCUUUUGGCUGAAAUUGUUCCUGGUUUACGAGUCUUUCUUUCAAGCAAUGGAUGAUUCGGUGGUGAGCUACAAGCAGCUGAAGAACAUGUUGUCCACUCACAACGUCCAGCUGUUUGAUGUCCGCAACCCAGAUGAGUUCAUGGCUGGACGCAUCCCGGACUCUGUAAACAUCCCAUUGAGCCAGCUGGAGGAAUCUCUAAAGCUGUCACCAGAGCACUUCCAGCUGCAGUUCGAGGUGAAGGCUCCUGGGAAAGAUGAUGACAACCUUGUGUUCCACUGCCAGAAGGGCCGGAGGAGCGCCGAAGCUCUAGCCAUCGCCCGACAACUGGGCUUCAACAGGGCUCGGCACUAUCAGGGGGGGUACAGUGAAUGGGCCGCACAUGAGGGAAAGUGAGUCACUUUACAUCCAUAACAUGAAGCCUGUGUUGGAGUUCUGGUCCAGCCCUAUAACGCCUCUAGUCUGAGUACUGCACCAGAAAACCAAGACCCACAUCGAAACACGUCUUAGCGGACUCAAGUUUUCAGUUACUGUUCUGAUUGACCUCAGUUAUCUAUGACAACUAACUUACUUGGAAGAGAUUGUUCUGGAUCCUUAUUUCCUACCUCAUUUGGCUGAAAGACUGAUGUGAAAUGUAAAAGGCAAGAUCAUAAACUGAGAGACUUACUUCAUCAAUAAAGUCAAUAUUUAGGAUUUA